AUGGAACAUCAUCAAGCCAACUGGGGCAGGCCCCGAAACGAUGUGUACGGCGAGUACGACUUUGCUAUUCAUAAUGCCGGGUCGCACGACGAGCCGACAACACGCACUCUGCAGCCCACGGUCACUGGCUCCAGCGUCAUCGGCAUCAAAUUCGACAAGGGCGUGAUUCUCGCCGCAGACACCCUCGCCUCCUACGGCUCGUUGCGCCGGUUUGUGGACGAGCAGCGGCUGUUCCAGGUCGGUGACCAGACUGUCGUCGGCAUCAGCGGCGACGUCUCGGACAUGCAAAACAUCCAGGACACGCUGGACCAGCUCGAGAUCGAGGCCAACUACGACGCUGAUGGCUAUCCCGGGCCUACCGCCCCCAGCAUCCACAUGUACUUGCGACGACUGCUGUACUACCAGCGCUCGCGCAUGGACCCUCUGUGGAACUCGAUUCUCGUUGCCGGCUUCAAGAACGACGAGCCCUACCUCGCCUACGUCGACCUGCUCGGCGUCACUUACCAGUCGGGCUGCCUCGCCACGGGAUUCGGCAACUACCUCGCGAUUCCGCUGCUGCGCAAGCUUGUCGACAACGACGGCGACGAAAAAAACGUCACCUACGAGCAGGCCAGAAAGGCCAUUGAGGAAGCCAUGAAGGUGCUCUUCUACCGCGACGGACGGGCCACAGACACCUACCACGUUGCCGUCAUCACCAAAGAAGCCGGCGUGCAGAUCGAAAAGACAAAGUGCGAAAACAUGAGCUGGAAGUUCGCCUCCCAAAUCAAGGGCUUUGGCACCCAAAAAGAGUAA